AGGAACUGCAAGCAUGGCGUCUUCGUACUAUCAGGAGAUGCAGGAUAUUUUCAGAAAUAACAACAAAAGCCGAGAGUUCGCGGCGCAUAGUGCUAAAGUCCAUUCAGUAGCCUGGAGCUGCGAUGGAAAAAGACUGGCGUCCGGAUCAUUUGAUAAAACCGCCAGUGUGUUUGUCCUGGAAAAGGAUCGGCUGGUGAAGGAAAACAACUACAGAGGUCAUGGAGAUAGUGUGGAUCAGCUGUGCUGGCAUCCCACCAAUCCUGAUCUGUUUGUCACUGCAUCAGGGGACAAGACCAUCCGCAUCUGGGAUGUGCGAACCACCAAAUGCAUGGCCACAGUCAGCACAAAAGGGGAGAAUAUCAACAUAUGUUGGAGUCCUGAUGGUCAAACUAUUGCGGUAGGGAAUAAAGAUGAUGUUGUUACAUUCAUUGAUGCUAAGACACACCGUCCUCGUGCUGAGGAGCAGUUCAAGUUUGAGGUCAAUGAGAUCUCCUGGAAUAAUGACAAUAACAUGUUCUUUCUGACAAAUGGCAAUGGAUGCAUCAAUAUAUUGAGCUACCCUGAUCUCAAACUCAUUCAGUCCAUAAAUGCCCAUCCAUCCAACUGUAUCUGUAUUAAGUUUGAUCCAACUGGAAAGUAUUUUGCCACAGGAAGUGCAGAUGCCCUUGUCAGUCUGUGGGAUGUGGAAGAGCUUGUGUGUGUUCGCUGCUUCUCGAGACUAGACUGGCCUGUACGAACACUUAGUUUCAGUCAUGAUGGUAAGAUGCUGGCGUCAGCCUCCGAGGAUCAUUUUAUUGAUAUUGCAGAAGUAGAGACUGGUGAGAAACUCUGGGAAAUUCAGUGUGAGUCUCCAACCUUUACUGUAGCGUGGCAUCCAAAGAGACCACUAUUGGCGUAUGCCUGCGAUGACAAAGAGGGGAAAUAUGACAGCAACCGAGAAGCAGGAACCGUCAAGCUCUUUGGACUUCCUAAUGACUCAUGAGGACCAGUUUUACCAUUUGUUUUUUUUAUCAGUGAAGAGUUUCAGCUCAUUUGGAGGUUAAAUGAAUAGUUAAUCUGUUUGACUUAUUUGUAUUAGAUGUCUUAAUAAAUGUGAAUAAAUGUUGUAAAUAAUAGUUAAGAGAUAUUUUGAUGUUCAGCUCUCAUAUUUCUUUAAGCAUCAGACAUGACCAAAUUAAAAUGCACUUCAUGUAAGUUCGAUAUAAGACAUCUCCCUGAAGGGUUUCGUCCUAUCAGAUGCAAAAUGCAGCUCCUCUUGUGAGCAUAAUUCUUGUGCAUGCGAUGUUGAAUGGAAUCUAGUCUUGAGUGACAUUGCCAUGUCUGUGUAGUAGAAGACUUUAGAAACACUUGAGCUACAGAGUAUUUUGAAUCUAUUUAUCAUUGACUAUUGCCUUUCUGGAGAUAAAAUAGAUGUAUUAUGUCUGUAGUCUUAAGGCUCUUGGUUCAAUUGCUUUUCUUCUGAAUCCAGUUUUAGAAAUGACCAGCAGAGGGCAGCACAAGCUAUUUUACUCAAAGAAUGGCGGCAUCAGUGCAUUUCAUAAAAGA